CCACUUCUACGCUGCUAAGGCGCCCGUCAAGUUCGCUACGUGGCUGGCUCCGGAUUACUACAAAUUCUUGGAUCCGCGCUUUGCGAGCUGGAACGAGGGGCAGCGAUGAAAGGUUCAGACAGACGACGAAGGUCUUUCUGAUCCUCUGAACUAGCAGUGUUCACCUCAAAUUUUGUUUGAAGCUUUGUUUCGUUUGAGAGCCCUCAAGACCUCUCAAAGAGACAGAUUAGACUAAUCUUCAUACUCAUGCCGGCUGGUCCGAAGCUAGAAUCAUCAUCUCUUUUAAGAGGGCUGGCGCUUGUGCUCAUCUGAAAAUCUGUCGACGGCAUCAAACGUCCAUGGCCAUGAAGUCUCGCUCUCGCCACCAUCAACGAUGAACUACUCGGCCAUCUCUUUGGGCUUGUCAUGUCUGUUCAACCCUUCUCAGCUAAGACCAAGUCUAGUUCUGCAAUGCUUCUCUCAAAUACCACAAGACAUACCUGCAGCACUUGCUUCACAUGCCAUUGUGGAUGAUUGUGCAAAAAGACGCUUCUCAGAUAUUCGUGCACUUGUACUGGAUAAGGACAAUUGUUUCGCAGAGCCUCACUCUCUUCAAGUCCAUGCUUCGUGCCAAUCUCGUUUCUCCUUACUCAAAGAACAGUAUCCAGGCGCAAGAUUGCUGAUUGUCAGCAAUACAACCGGUUGCUUGCCGAGCAAACGUAGCGGAGUCAAUGGGCCCUCCAAUGAUCUCUCUCAGCUCCAAGAGAACCUUGGAGGCCCACAUGUCUUGGUGCAUGAACAACGGAAACCUGGCUGUGGUGAUGAAGUGAUGGCAUAUCUACGAGAGCACGCCCAAGUUACCCAUCCCUCACAGGUGUGCGUGGUUGGCGACCGGCUCUUCACAGACAUAUUGAUGGCGAAUAGGAUGGGUGCCCACUCCAUCUGGCUACAACGCGGCGUGUUGGUGGAUACGGGAGCGUUCACGCGAUUUGAGAGGUUGGUAUUCCGUUUUCUACAGUAGAAAACGUCUACGUUGUACUUGUAGAAAGGACAAGAAAGCCUAUGUACAGAAGUAAGUCUUCACAAAAGACUGCCAACAAAU